GGAGAAUAAAGUGCAGAGAGACAGAGCGCAGGGCUGAAACAAAUCUGCCGAAACAGAAAUAAAACAAACUUUUAGAGGCGGUGGGAUCAAGUUUAACGCUUUUAUUGGAGUUUUUUUUUUUAAAUGCUCAUUUGUGUGAAGAAACUGUGGCCGUCAGUGACAGGUUUAGUGCUCAGCCUUUGACCAAUUGGAGGYGCACUGGAUAAAGACGUUGCUGCAGCAGAUCCUGCUAACCUGCCGUCACCCCGUCCUUUCAACAAACCAACAGCCUUUAUGCACAUCAGCUUGACUGUGGCCAUCAAGGAAUCCCCCGCCUUUCAUGGAACCACGCCGGCCGAUAGCACCGUAACCCCCGACGCCGUGGAAGGGUCAGCCAUGGAGCCGCGUCGCGCCCUGGCUGCCCCUCCGCCGCCCCCGCCUCCCCCGCCUCCACCUCCGCCUGCGACCWCCUCGCCUUUCGGCCGGGCGAAGAGUGCCUGUCAGGGUCGGCUGAGGAAGCUGAACUGGGAGCGCAUCCCCAAAGAGAAGGUGGAGGGGAGGAAGAGCGUGUGGAACGGGGCUGCUCCCGGUGAGGACGAGUUCCCCAUAGACCUCCAUUCUCUGGAUGAGCUGUUUGGUCAGAAGGACAGCAAGCCCAGGGUCCAAAUAGGCACCGUGAGGCGGCGGCCUGCAAUGCUACACUGCAGAUGUCCACAAUAUAGCCCUGAGGAGAUUUCCCUGUUGGAUUCCAAACGAAGUAUGAAUAUUGGGAUAUUUCUGCGCCAAUUUAAAAUGCCUGCUAAGGAGAUAGUUGAGGAUAUCAGACAUGGAACCGGAGAUCGAUACGGAGCAGAGAAGCUUUCGGAGCUCUGCAAAUUGCUGCCUGAUAAUGAGGAGGAAUCUCGCCUGAGGAAGUUCAGUGAAGAAAGGAGCUGCCUUGGAGAGCCUGAUCUGUUCAUGCUGCUGUUGGUGGAAGUCCCUAGUUUUCGUCUUCGGCUGGAUGCCAUGAUCCUGCAACAAGAGUUUGACCCGGCUCUGACCUCUUUGUGUGUGGCAGCCAGAUGUCUAAGGGAGGCGGCCAGAGAAUUACUGAGCUGUCCAGAAUUACACUCCAUCCUCCGUUUGGUGCUGAAAGCAGGGAACUACAUGAAUGCUGGUGGAUAUGCGGGGAAUGCAGCUGGCUUUCGAAUCUCAUCGCUGCUCAAACUGGCUGACACCAAAGCCAACAAGCCGGGGAUGAAUCUGCUGCAUUUUGUUGCCAUGGAAGCAGUGAAAAAAGACCAGAGCUUACUGUCAUUUCCCAGCCAACUAGGCCACGUUGGCUCCGCCUCCAGGUUGUGCGAGGAGGCGGUGCUGGAUGACUUGGCGAAGUUAAAAAGCAGAGUGGCUGCCCUCAGGGCGAAUAUACAGACUGAAGCGGAGAUUCUGCAGCAGGCRCAGUUAUUUCUGGAGACAGCCGAAGGACGCCUGAAGGAGGCGGACGAUGAGGUGGAGGGUAUGAGGAUGUCGAGUCAGGCUCUGAUGGAGUUCCUGUGUGAAGACGACAGCACUUUCAAACUGGAGGAGGCCUGCAGCACUUUCCAUUUGUUUUGCCUUCGCUUCCAAAGAGCUGUCCAGGAAAACGAAGAGCGGGAGCUUAAGGAGCAGAAACGUCUGGAACGUCAGCGUGAGGUGGUGGAAAAGCGUCGUUCUGUGGCUGCGUGCACGGGGCUGGACCUGGGUCUGAGCCUCGCCAGGGAGCCUCGCUGUCAGGAGAACCAAGAUGAGCUGGAGCGGCUUUUGGAGAAGAACCUGAGCAGCGCUUGGAGCCGUCGAAGCCUUAGGAGCUGUGACMCGCGCCGAUUCGCGCACCCCCUCCAAAGCGACGCCCACGCCUACGGCUCGCCCGCGAUCGAGAGCUUCCCCGUGCUGGGCAGCAGCCCCACGUCCGUCAGCUGUCACCCGGACGGCUCGUCUGGCCACGAGACCCGCGCUGGGCUUUGCAGCUCCCCAGGAACCGAUGGUGCCUGCUCUCCCGUCGACCGGGAGGACUCUGUUCUGGACGGAGGGAGAAAAGUGACAAACACGAGCGUGGAAGCAGUUACAGACUCACACAUUGAACCUCUUAGAUCCUGUCCUCAUGAAAAUCGCUUCGCAGCGAAACAACAUGGGCCUGAGAGUGUUUCCUACAGGCUACAAGGUGAACAGAAGACAACUGAAAUUCAAAAAGAGGCCACUUUUUCUCUAGAACACAUGGCGUUGAACGGUUCCAGUACAGACUCCGCUGCUAAAAAUACUGACACACCAGCCCAGUGUGAUAAAAGCCAAGUCUCCGCUCACAGGCACAGGUUGGGCCUGUCGGKAGCGGACAGUAAUUGUCUUCUUCAAAGUAAAACUAACGGCUCUUUUGUCCGUGAGUCCAAUAAAACACGUAGAACUCUUUCUGGCAGCAACAACAAGAGCGGACUGUUGAAGCAGCCUAAAUCUGAGACCAAAUUAGAAUCGCCCUCUGAUGAUGCACCAUUCCAACCUCAGAAGAAAGGAGUUCCGUCUAUUAUGAUAAGUGAGGCAGAGUCUUUGCCUGAGGCGAGUUUAAAAGAACAGACAGACACUAAGGUGGGUUUGACACCUGUGGAGGAGGUCUGGAUGCCCUCCGGUUUGCUGGAGUUCAGCCAAUCACAGCCAGAGGAGGUCUCUGACUCGCCAACUGCUGAGAGGGAGACAGCGAGGUCAUACUCGCGUGUGGGAGAAACACUAGAGUGCCACACUCUAGUGAAAGGCCUGCGGUCCUACGAGGCCUUGUCACCCCCGACCUCCCCACUCCCACGACCCACGCCAAGCCUGUGCUCCAAGUGGAGGAAGGAGAGGGAGGUUGAACUCAAAGAGGGGGCAACUCCAGGGUCYUCGGUGUCGAAGGAGGAGACUCAGACAAUGAGGGUUCCUGUGCGUAGUGGAAUAGGGGCCAAGAGGGGGUUCGUGUCACGCACAGCCCCUUCCAUCAGCACCGGCAUUCCUCGGGUGCGCUCUAAAACCGACUCUUCAAUUGGAGCCCUGACGGCUGCCAGCCCACCUGCACGGCUGUCUAUUCCUCGCAGCGUUUCCCUGCGUUCCCCCGCCACUCAGUCGACCACUCGGGCCGAGGUGAAACGAAGCAGCAGCACGCGGGACAAGACCAUGAGCGAGCCACAGGGUCCAGAUAAACCCGCCCUGACUCGCAGGUCUUCAGACAGAGCCACGCCGGAGAAGGACUCCGGCAGCUCCCAGCCCGCCUUCGUCAGAGGAGCGCCCAUCCGCGUGUCCAAGCGGCUCGCCCCGAACUCCGAGACCCAGCUGCCGCCCCAGCCUCGGACCGUCCACGGCCCGUCCUCCGCCACCGCCAAGACCAUACGCACCGCCGUCAUUUCAGCUGCUCGCAACAAAACCGCCAAGACGGCGAGCGCGGGCUCCUUCCCUUCUAGCCCCAAAAGCCCGGCAACGUCACGGAUACCUGGUCCCAAAAUGCCUCGAGCCACUGCAGCUCAGCCUCUGUGGAGGUGAUGGAUCCACCUCCUCAGUUCUAACUUUAUUUUAGUUUAAGUUCAACUCUAUUGGGUAAACCUGCAUGCUUGGAUUCUCUACAUAAAGUGAGUCUGCACUGAAGGGGGUUGUAGAUAUAUUUUAUAUGUUAUGUUUAACACACUAUCAGGGUAGUGGAUCAUCUACAAUCUACCUCUUCACAUCCAUUUUUGUCCCUUACAGGCAAUAGGGCAGCGAUAGAAGAUGCUGUCCUCUAGCAGUUYGUUUAUAGAACAGCUGUUAGUCAGGUGAUUGUCACAUUACCUAAAAAAUUAAGUCAUUUGGAAAAACUGUUUUAWUUUGUUUUUGUCRUMGCUGACAAUAUGUUUUGAGCACUGUGGUCCCCUUACCUGAAAGAUCAGUGUUUUCAGACUUGGUACAAUAGUGAGCUGUUUAUGUUCUCAUUGACAGGCCUUUAUUAUAAUGAUGCACUUUACAAACUGAAGGAGGCUGUAAGGAGUUGCUGUCAAUGUUAUUUUAUAUUCAAAAUAUAUAUACAUAACUUUAUUUAGUAGCAUUUUUCACUAUAUUAUAUGGGUUUGUAAAAAAAUUAAAUAAAGACAAGAUUGUGA